AUUGAACCACAUAAAAUCCAGAUACAACAUAUCUGACAUUCCCCUUACUUUUGGCCCGAGCCUUGGUAUCAAGUUUAGUCUCCAAAGACAUGGUCCUUCAUCACAACCGAGACUCAAGGGUUACCAAGACCUAUGUUCCGAGGUCGGUGUACCCCCGGGUAAGUCUAUUACAGAAUGCCAGGCGCGACUGAAGAACACAUACAUCAACAUUGUGGAUCUGCUUAACGCACGACGGAUGGGUACCAAGCCCAAGGUAUUUGAUAAUAUUGAGGCGCUCCGCGACUACACGUUCCGAUAUGGGCACAUAAUUGACCGGAACGAGGCAAAGAAGGAUGGAGGUUUCCUGGCAUCUCUGCUGCAGCACCUCUGCAACCCGCGGAGAAAGGGAAGAAGAGGGGAGAGGAUGAAUGACACCUAGAUACUUCCUGAAGUUUGUGAAUCCUAUGGCUCACAGCCUCCUACUGUGUCCAUCGGCAUGUUGGGCGCCUCGGCCCGGUGGGAUUCAUCGAUUAUUGCGCCGGAGUCGACUACGGAAGGCCGGCCGUCUGCCGGGUCCGUGUGAGCUUGAGGUGUGCCUGUAAAACCUGAGGUUAGGCCAGGAUCUACUCUCUGGACCCCUCUUUUACAAGAGGAUAUCUCGGUUUAGGGCCUGAUCGGCUCGCCGUUGCGGUGUCG